AAGCGUACAGGCCGCUUUCGAAGGUAUGCAGCCCAACAAAUCUCUUCUUGUUAACUGUGUCUUUUUCUGUUUGGUUACUUUUCGUUUGUCGACCGCUUGCUCGCAUUCGCCCACCAUUUUCUACUUACUCCUUUCGGUUAUAAAAUCUCACAACAUCUAAGUCGCCCCUUGAUUGGUGGCCUUCGGACUUUAUUCGACCUUGGCACAAUGUUGCGCCGCUGACAAUUUCCCCCUAUCAAAAAGCUGUCUUCACGGUCUUAAUUCUUAUUUUGUUUUCUUCACUUCUUUCUUUCCUUUCCUUCCAUCCAGAGAAGCACCGUGUAUCAUGGUGCUCGGGAAAGGCUUUAACAAUCCUCUGCUGUACCGUCGAACACAACCACGGGAGGACAAUAAAGUGUCCCACGGCCCUAUAAACGUGGGCUUUCCUCUUACCGAGUCUAUAGAGCCUAGACCGAUGCAUCCUUUAAUGACCACUUUUCAACCACAUACUUCACCAUUUCGUAGUCAAUACCCUAUCGAUAGAGGCGGCAAUGUGGGUUAUCAGUCUAAAGUCAGAGUUGUCGACAAGUAUAAAGUCAUCGGCUUCAUCAGUAGUGGAACCUAUGGCCGGGUAUACAAGGCUGUCAGCCGGCAAGGUCAGCCGGGCGAGUUUGCUAUCAAGAAGUUCAAACCUGACAAGGAAGGGGAGCAGAUACAGUAUUCAGGUAUAUCACAAUCAGCCGUGCGCGAGAUGGCACUUUGUUCAGAACUUAGCCACGAGAACGUCAUCCGCCUAGUGGAGAUCAUAUUAGAGGAUAAGUGUAUAUUUAUGGUGUUCGAAUAUGCCGAGCAUGAUCUCUUACAGAUCAUCCACCACCAUACCCAGCAACCGCGCCAUAGCAUUCCUCCCUCCACGGUGAAAAGCAUCAUGUUCCAGCUGCUAAAUGGGUGCCAGUAUCUACACAGCAACUGGGUUCUUCAUCGAGAUCUUAAGCCUGCCAACAUCAUGGUAACCUCAAGCGGGCAAGUCAAAAUCGGCGAUUUAGGGCUGGCCCGACUAUUUCACAAGCCACUACAUUCUCUAUGGAGCGGCGACAAGGUAGUCGUGACGAUAUGGUAUCGUGCUCCUGAAUUGCUGCUGGGUAGUCGACACUACACGCCGGCAAUAGACAUGUGGGCGGUUGGUUGUAUUUUCGCUGAGUUGCUAUCGUUGCGACCUAUCUUCAAAGGGGAGGAAGCUAAGAUGGAUAAGAAAACGGUGCCUUUCCAACGUAACCAGAUGCAGAAGAUUGUUGACAUUAUGGGUAUGCCUACUAAGGAGCGCUGGCCCUACCUAUCGAGUAUGCCUGAGUACAACAACCUGAGCAUGUUACAGCCGCCUAUGCUACAUCCGGGUCAUCACCACCAUCAUCACCAUCACAGCAAAUCAGCAGCAUCGACAAGUCACCUCGAGAAAUGGUACUACAGUACCAUCGGUGCACACUCGUCGACCUCAUCCCCUAACUCCAACGGCAGCCUCGCGGCCCUCGGAGCUGAGGGCUACAAACUGCUUUCGGGUCUACUAGAGUACGACCCUGAGCGGCGGCUUACAGCAGCACAGGCGCUACAGCACCCGUUCUUCCAAGCAACACCGUCGGGCGGUGGCACCGGCGUGACGGCAGGCUGCUUCGAGGGUCUCAAGGUGGCGUACCCGCAACGUCGCGUCAGCCAGGACGACAAUGAUAUCCGCACCGCCAGCCUACCUGGUACUAAGCGCUCGGGUUUACCCGACGAUAGCAUCGUCAGGCCAGUAAAGAGGGUAAAGGAGGCUUAGGAGGCUUGGAAAGCUCAGUGGAAGGCUGAGUAUAUUCAGAAGCUUAGGGAAGUCAAGCAGGCUAGGUUGGCUAAAACAGCUAAAACAGCUUAGCCUAGGCAUGGUGUUGCCCAGGAAAGAAGUCAGUUUCAUUGUGCUGUUCGGUUCAAGAGCACGAUAGGCGGGCCGAUGAAGGUCUAGGUCGGAUGAGAUGCCCAUGCCACAGGCUACUUGUAUUAAUUUGCCGUUUGUGGAGGGGCGACUUGGAGUUUAGUUUCAAACAUGACGGAGUAACGGUGGUCCUGGUUGGGACUGGGUACUGCAUUGACAUUGUUAUUGGCGCACAUCAUCAGACAGGUUACGUAUAAAUGUUUCAAGAAUGGAAUAUGAGAAUAAUUGAGAUCAUGCUAUUUGAUAUGCAGUAUAUAUUGCUUGUCUGUUGACUGCUCGCUCUCAUAGUUGGUAUAGG